GCUGGCUUGUUCUGACCUCAGAGGGAGUGACUUUCAGCAGUGGAGGGCAGGUGGCACAGUGGGAUGCAUUGUAAACAGCUGCCCACCGUUACUUCAUAGGGCUCUGGAUUUUCAUGGAAGAUCUUGAGAAAAAAGUGUGAAGACUAGAAGCAUGCUUCCCUCUGAGACCUUCAUCAACAUUUGUGAUACAGAAUGCCUUUAAGCGAAAGGAACAGUGUUGUUUUUGCUUAUGAGUCUUCAGUGCACAGUUCCAAUGUCCUGUUGAAUCUUAAUGAACAGAGAAAGCAAGAUCUGUUAUGUGAUGUUACCAUCUUAGUGGAAGAUCAACGAUUUCGGGCCCAUCGCUCUGUGCUUGCAGCCUGCAGCUUCUAUUUUCGUUCGAGAAUUGUGGGUCAGUUGGAACGAAAUCUUAUCAUUACUUUACCUGAAGAAGUCACCCUGAAAGGAUUUGACCCUUUGCUUCAGUUUGCAUAUACUUCUAAACUUAUUUUGGACAAAGAUAAUGUGGCUGAAGUGUGCAAGUGUGCUGAGUUCUUGGGAAUACACGACAUUGAAGAAUCUUGCUUUCAGUUUCUCAAAUUCAGAUUUCUGGACAAUAAACCAGACCAGCAGGAAUACCAAAAAAAGAAAUGUUGUGAACCACAUUGUCAGAAGGAGUACCGUAAAAUAGAUGUGGCAGAUGAUGGGGAUUUAGAAAUAAAUGAUGGAAAUAUUUUGCAAAAUGACUGUAUCCAGAACUCUCAGCUGAAGGCCUCCGAAGGAGAACAAAAUGCAGAGGUUCCCCUUCUGCAAGAUUAUACUAAUAAAACAUGUGAGUCUGUAGCAGAAAGGGGACUUGUCUUUGGUUUAGAAACCCAGUGUCCCAAAUAUAGGAAGUUCCAAAAAGCUUUAGGAAGUGAUAAAGUCCCAGUUGUGGAGUCCAGUCCAAACAUUAAAGAAGUUCAGGUAACAUCUGCUGCAACCAUUCAUCAGACUGACCCAAAUACCAGUGGUGCUAUACAAAAACCCCUUGAAUGUGUAGCUGUGCAUCAAGAUUCAAAAUGUGCUGAUGCUCAAAUAAAAAUGGAAGAUGAUGGGAAACAAGAGUUCUUGAAAGAGACAAUUUCUGUAUUCCAAAGCAUUGACUCUUCAUCAGAGAAAAUGGAUUGUGCUUUUGAGCCCCAUAGUUCUUCUGCUGCCACUCAUGGACUUUAUCCUCCUCCUUUCUUAAAUCCCUAUGAUCAAUUCUGUAUGCAGGGAGGUAUGCAGAGCACUUCAGAGGUAGCAGAAAAAAAUGGCAUUGUUACCAGCAAUUUUGGAGAUUGCAAGCCUGUUGGUGAAUGUACUGAUGAGACCUCACCUUUGAAAUCUCACUUGUGUGACAAAGAAAAUAUUAACAGUACUUCACCUAACAAUCGCAGCAGUGUGGAGAGGGAGAUAGCAGAACAACUAGCAAAAGGAUUUUGGAGUGAUGUUUACAGCACAGAUACAGCCUGUCCAGUAAACCUGUCUCCUGCCUCUGUGAAAGAAUUUUCAGAGCAGGACUGUUCUGAAAAGAAAAGUGAAUGCCCCUGGUUAGGUAUCCGGAUCAGUGACAGUCCUGAGCCUGGUCCUCCAAGAACUUUUGCGACUUUGAGCUCUGUCACUUGCCCUUUCAUCAGUAAUCUCAAUAAUGAAAAUGGUACUGAGACUAAUAGUGGAGACUGUGUUUCAGAACCACAACCUGAACAGUGUCCUUACGAAUGUGUAGUAAACUUGGAAGAAGAUUCUGAAACUGAUACUGAGGGAGACAGUGAAUCCUGUUCUGCCAGAGAACAAGAAUGUGAGGUAAAGCUGCCAUUGAAUCCACAGAAAAUAAUUUCACUUUCUAGAAAUGACUUUCAGUCUUUUCUGAAAAUGCACAAAUUGACACCUGAAGAGCUGGAUUGUAUCCAUGAUAUUAGAAGACGAAGUAAAAAUAGAAUUGCGGCACAGCGCUGUCGGAAGCGAAAGCUAGACUGCAUUCAAAACCUUGAAUGUGAAAUAGAGAAACUGCAAAAUGAAAAAGAGAACUUGCUGAAGGAGAAAGAGCACAUCUUGUCAACACUGGUUGAGACAAAGCAGAAUCUGACAGGACUUUGUCAACAAGUAUGCAAGGAAGCAGCAUUGAGUCAUGAGCAAAUACAGAUUCUUGCAAAAUACUCAGCCUCAGAUUGCCCACUUUCAUGUUUUAUCCCAGAGAGGAAACAACCAGCGCCUUCUGAUGCCAUGCCUGCAGUGCCACUGUGUGUUGAAUUAUCUGCUGGUUUUUCUGUUGUAUCUCCCAAUGAACAGAGUUCCACCUAUCAGCAUAUAAAAGGAGCAUCUGAUGCAGGAUUUGAUCAGGUGCAAGAAUUGUGUCCAGUUCCUGUAAGAAUAGCUGACAAAACAUUGUGUUUGGAGCAGUGUGUGAAAAGUGGUAGUGGUAUCACAGAUUUUUGUCAACAAAUGACUGACAAAUGCACUACAGAUGAAUAAUCUUUUUGUUCAACUCAGCCUAGCAGGAUUGAAGCACUGGCCAUUGAGUAGAUAGGUAGAAUUUUCCAUAAAGUGUAGCUGUAUUAAUUUGUUUGUAUCUAUUCAUCAUCUUCCUUCAAACCUAAAUGUAUUUGUGGGCCUUUAUUUUAAGGAGGAUGUAAAGAUAUAUCAAAAUCAAUAUUGUGGUAAUACCUUCAUUAGGCCUUUAUUACCUUUGCUACCUUUAUAAAGGUAGUUUUAUUAUAAAAUACCUUUAUUAAGUUUGUAACAUGCCUUAUCAGAAACAAAAGGGAAUUCCUGAAGCUUAGAUACUUCAAGCUGCCAAUGCAUUAAAAAGUGAAAUAACUGGAACAAACCUUUCAUGUAUUCAGUUCUCUUACAAUUCUGGGUUAGGUGUGUUAAAAACAAAUAAACGUGAUAAAAUCACAAAACCUUUAAAACUCUCAUCCUGGAAAUGUGAGGUCACUGCAUUUGAGACCAUGCCCAUUCUUUACAGCUUUUCUGCCCUUCUGUGGUCUUACAUGGUUCUGCUUAAUCAUGGAAAUUUGUGCUUCCUGUUUCAAAAUUGAAAGGCAGUUGUCAUAAGGAGAAUUCAAAUGAUCAAGUCUUCUUGAAGGAUUUCAGAUGUUACCCUUAAUUGUGGGACCAGUUCACUUUUAUUUGAAACCUAAUAUUUAAAGUAGAUACUUUUAUGGAUAAACCUAACAAUUCAUACUCAGUUUUCAAUGGCUUGUACUUCUGUUAUUAUUAUUUUUAAUAGAAAUGAGCCACUGGAACUGGAAUAUACCAUUCAUAUUGAUUCUUCAGCAAUUUUAGCUAUUAAAAUAAGUAAAUAUAUGAUUUUACUGUAGCCUGUUCUGCAUUGUAGUAAUUACAGAAAAUCCAUACUAACUGUUCUUAACAGAAGCUUUAUCUACUGAACCUCAAACACUUUUGCUGGUUUACAAAAUGUAAAAGCCAAUGGAAUUCUUCAUUUCCUACCUCAGUACAGAUAUCAGUUUUAUAUCUGUGUUUGGAAUAUGAUCUUUCUGUAAUUAUUGUUUACUUUGCAGAAUUUUAGAAUUAUAAAUUCCUAUCUCCUCUAAAAUGCAAAAAUAUUGAUUAAGCUCACAAUGAUUUAACUUUUAAAAAGGUAAGUUUGUGUUUAGUAAAUGUAAUGAAACAUACAUGGUGAAUAUUUGGCCAAAUACAUCAUCUGAACAGUACUUGUAAUAGCCAGCACGUAUUACAAAAACCUACACUACCUCAUAGAGUGAUUUCAAGAUCAUUCAAAGCUGCAGUGAUAUUCAAAUACUUGUCACAAAUUAGCAUUACGAAUUACAGUGUACAGACUUUUGACUUCAUUGUGGAAGUUCCUUUCUUAGUUCAUGUGGUUUCUUCUGCUUGUGUUCAUUUUUCUAAUGAUAAUGUAGGGAAGGAUUCUUAAUACAAAUUUAGGUGGCUUUUUGUUAUGUGCAUUUAACAAGGGCAUAUAGUUCUUUUCUAGGAGUCAAUGCUUUGUCUUUCCUACUGAUCUAUCUUGUUCUUUUAGGACAAAUCAGUUUGCAGUGCCAAAUUUGUUCAGGCAUAUAAUGCAAGCAUCUAUACCAGGGUUGGAGAACCCAUGAUCCUCCAUAUGUUGCUGGAUUCCCAAUUUUCAUCAUCUCCAACCAGCUUGUAGGUGGUGAAGAUUGAUGGGCACAGUAGUUCAUCAGCAUCUGAAGGGCCACAGUUUCCCCACUGCUUGUGUGUACCCUGAAUAGAUAGUUUAAUUUUAUCUUGAAAGGUGUAACAUUGACAUAAUAGCUUAUGAAAAUCAUAGGUAUCAACAUUUUGCAUUCUGAUUAUAUCUUCAGGAACUGGAUUUUCUGCCUAUUAUAUGGUUGAGAGUGAGGCGGUCCUCCAGAUGUUAUAAGACUGCAACUCUCAUCCCUCUUCAUUGGCUGUUCUUAUUAAAUCUGAUGGGAGUUAUAGGACUGCAGCUCUCAUCCCUCUUCAUUGACUGUUCUUAUUAGAGCUGAUGGGAGUUGUACUUCAACAAUAUCUGGAGGGCAAUGCAUUUGCCACCUGUGUUUUGUAGACUGGCUAGUGCUAAGGUUGAAACAGUCUCAUUCAGGCUUCUGUUUCACAGAGUUAAACAAUAAGACAUGGAAGACUGGAUCACUGCCCAGGAGAAUAAUAAAAAGGAAGCCUGUAUGGUAAUUGUGCAGUUGCUUAAUAAAUGUAUUGCCUCUGAAUUGGAAUCCUCAUUUCAAUUCACAUUCUUAUAGGAAUUGUUAAAUAUGCCUAGUUUUUAGAUCUGAUGGUGGGGUUGUAUGGGGGAUUGAGGUGGCUUAAUGCUCAUUCAGCUACCUCUAGAGAAGUAUGUACAGUGAUGUUUCAGGUUGCAUGUAAACACUGAAAGGCUAGAUCAUCAGCUUGCAAAUAUUAUGAAUGAAUUGCGAACAUCAAUGACAAUUUUAAUAUACAAGAAUCUCAGGUAAAACUUGUGUUUUUCAAUUUCAGCUAAGAACAUUUGGUUUUGAACAUAUACAAUAUUUGCAUUAAGGCAUGUAAAAGUAGUUUUAAAUAUUUGGGGCAGAACAUUAGAAGUCCUAACAAUAAAUCAGCAUAAAGAUUGUAAAAAAAGAGUCCCCUGAACUAAUUAGAAUUGAUUUUAUAUCUUUCAUAGUGCAGUGUUUUCUAAUGCAAUAAAAACCACUAUCCUUUCUAAGAAGGUCCUCAUUUUUGUAAAAGUUUGGCAUUGUACAAUUGAUGCAUACCAGUUGAUUCAUUUAGUACUACUAAAGCUGAACUCUGGAAAUAACAUUAUUUAUACAGUUUAUAUAAUAUAUUAAAACAGCAAAUAUUACUGAAUUGGAAUAAAACAUCUAAAACCAUA